AUGGCCAGUUCAGAGAAGGACACAGAGAUAUCUCCCCCAAUUAUCAAGAAACAUGAGAAGGCAAUGAAGGACUGGGAAGAGAAAUCCCAGGAAGCAGCCGAUCUUAUGACUCCAACGAUCAGUCCAGGUGUUCAACAGAAGCUUACGGAGGCCGAAUUCAAUGACGGCUACCUCAUGCUCACAAGACUUCGAACCAUACUCCAGCCCACGGGAUUCUCCGAGUUCAUGCGUCUCUCAAAAGAGUACUACACGCUUCAAUUCAAAGCAUUCAAAACAAUACCCGAGUAUCUUACUCACAUCAAGGUUCUCGAAGAGAAAAUCGAUGCCACAAAGGUCACACUCGAUACGAACAACCGUACGAUUCUCUGUCUCUCCAUAUCAUUACCACAAGAGUACCAGUAUCUCAUUCAAAUUUGGGCUGUUACGCCCUCAAUCACGGCUGAAAAAGCACGCCAAAUGGUUCUCGAAGCCAAUCGUCAACACAAACAAGGCCACUCAAAGAGAGAAAUGCGAGCACUGUGGAUUCGGUCAUCGCAGCGAUAA